GAGCCGUGGGCGGGGCGCGGGCGGGCCUCAGCCUCGGUUGCUGAUGACCGAUCGCCUGACUGGGCUCCUCCCCGGACCCGCCCCCAUAGGUUUAUCUUGUGACCGCGGGCGGUCACGUCUUCUUUCCUCGAGCUUGGACCCUCGUUAUCAACCAUGCUUUUCCUGGACGUCGCGUUCGUGCUCCUGGUGCUCAUCACCGCCGCGCAGGCCGAGCCCGUGCAGUUCAAGGACUGCGGUUCUACGGUUGGAGUUAUAAAGGAAGUGAAUGUGAGCCCAUGCCCCACACUGCCCUGCCAGCUAAACAAAGGACAGUCUUACAGUAUCAAUGUCACUUUCACCAGCAAUAUUCCAUCUAAAGGUAGCAAAGCCUUUGUACAUGGCAUCAUAAUGGGCGUCUCAGUUCCCUUUCCCAUUCCUGAGCCUGAUGGUUGUAAGAGUGGAAUCACCUGCCCCAUCCAAAAAGACAAGACCUAUAGCUACCUGAAUAAACUACCAGUGAAGAGUGAAUACCCCUCUAUAAAACUGACGGUGCAGUGGGAACUUCACGAUGACAAAGACCAAUCUCUCUUCUGUUGGAAAAUCCCAAUACAGAUCAAAGACUAGAGCUAUUUGGUGCCAGUAUGUCUAUCUGGGAGUAAGAGGGCAUGGGUGGAAGGAAGGAGAAAUCAUACCUGAAAUUAAAUCAGUGCUGUAAAAUGACAGGAAUUUCAAGACUGCUGUUUUAUGCCCCUCAGCUUCUAAAAGCAUAUAAGACCCUAUUUCCUGAGAGCUCAGAACUGUUGUCUUUGUAGUAUUCUUUGUGAAAAGGUAGAAAGAAAAAAGAGAGAGUGGGACUGUAGGUUUAAUUGUCUUCAUUGUUUUUUGCUGUUGGAAUAAGGGAGGCGCAAUCAGACAGGACCUGAAGGAGGUUGCUUAGGGAUAUCAGAUAACUUCCCCUGGGUUAAGGCCCUCACAGUGGAGGAUGGGUUCCACUCCCAUCUAGCUGGGACAUUUAUUACCUCUGCAGGUUACUCAAUCUCUAAGUGCCUCAUUGAGUAUUGUGACCCUUGACAACAUCUCCACCUCUGUUGCUUCAACAAGUGUGACUUACUCUCCAGGGGUGUUGAGUGACCAUGUCUCACGUCUCUUUUUCUGUCUUUGGUGGUUUCCAUUAAAUGCAGUGCUGAGUUAGCAGAUGUUUGUUUUGGUUUUUGUUUUUGGGUUUUUUUUUUUUUUAACAACAUUAACGUACAGCCUCUUUAUUUACCUGGAGAUGUAUCUUUGAAUAAAUAAAAACUCAUCAGUCUUCUGCA